GGGGAAGGUGGCGAGGUUGCGCUCGCGCGCGCCUCUUUCGUUGGUGAGCGGCAGCGCCGCCUUCAGAGCGCAGUGUCUCCUUCGCUUUAGGAAGAGGGAGGGAGGAAGAGAGUGAAAGAAAGGCAGGGACGCAAGAGAGAGAGAAGGGGGCUCCCUCCUCCUGUUGCUGCUGCUGCUCGUGGACUUCUCUCUCUUCUUCCGCCCAUCCCUCCGCCAGCCAGGAUUAGCAACAGCCCCGAGGGCACCCGGAGUUCAGUUUACAGCGCGCGCUUGGCUGGGAGCGCCUCCGAGAGGAGAAGGAAUCCGUGCGCCUUCGCCCUCACCGCCUCGCAUCCCUCCCCAACCUGCUGCCGUCGUUUCUAUUGCUAGAGACGCGCCGAGGCUACUCUCCUCCCUCCUUCUUUCUCUUUCUCUUCUCCGUCUCUCUCUCUCUCUCUCUCUCUUCCCUUCCCGACCAUGGAUUUAUCCCUGAGGUUAAUCAUUCUGUCCUGGCUCUACCUGGAGGCUUUAGGGGACUUCGACGGAAGGUGGCCCAGGCAAAUACUUUCCACGACUGGAUUGUGCCGUUUUGGAAGCAGAGUCGACUGCUGCUGGGGCUGGGCUCGUCACUCAUGGGGCCAGUGCCAACCUUUCUACAUCUUAAGGCAGAGAAUAGCCAGGAUAAGGUGCCAGCCCAAAGCUGUAUGUCAGCCUGGAUGUAAACAUGGGGAAUGCGUUGGACCAAACAAGUGCAAGUGUCAUCCAGGAUACACUGGGAAAACAUGCAAUCAAGAUCUCAAUGAGUGUGGUCUGAAACCAAGACCAUGCAAACACCGGUGCAUGAAUACCUAUGGCAGCUACAAGUGUUAUUGUCUGAAUGGAUACAUGCUUAUGCCAGAUGGAUCAUGUUCUAAUGCUCUCUCAUGUUCAAUGGCAAACUGUCAGUACGGCUGUGAUGUUGUGAAAGGGGAGGUGCGGUGCCGUUGUCCUUCCCCAGGCUUGCAACUAGCUCCUGAUGGUAGAACUUGUGUAGAUGUGGAUGAAUGUGCCACUGGGAGAGUUACCUGUCCUCGAUUCAGGAAGUGCGUCAAUACCUUUGGAAGCUAUAUUUGCAAGUGCCAUAAAGGAUUUGAUUUGAUGUACAUUGGAGGCAAAUACCAGUGCUACGACAUAGAUGAAUGCUCACUUGGCCAAUAUCAGUGCGGGAGUUUUUCACAGUGUUACAAUACGCAGGGAUCUUACAAAUGCAAAUGUAAAGAAGGAUACAGAGGUGACGGAAUGAACUGCAUAACUUUCGAUAUUAUUGAAAAUGAGACGGGUUUUGGCUCAGCUGAGGCGCAUGGCAGAGGUGAACGGGAUCCUUUUAAUGUGCUUCUCUCUGAGAUGGCAUAUCAGAGGGAAAUGUGGGCUAUUCCCAAAGUUAUGAUUGAUCCAUCUGGCCCACAUACCGUCUUUAAGGGAAAUACAACCUUUCCUAAAGGCAGCGGUGGCAUGACAAAUAGGAUACCUGAAACUGGUGGUGUGAGGCAUCCCAUCAAACCACCUAAUCCACCAGCUACAGCGAGGCCUCCUUUCAGGACAACAAUGAGACCCAGCCCAAAGCCAACCACGAGGCCGACACACAAACCAAUUACCAGGUUUGUACCCAAGCCUGCAACCACAAGGCCAGCUUUGAAGCCAGUGACAAGACUCCCACCAGUCACAAGGCCCCCGACGCCACCUCCAACUCCGCCUAAGCCGGUAACGACAAAAACACCACGACUCACAACUAAAGAGCCACUGCACUUUCCUAGUGAAACUACAGCUCCGCAGGGAUUCACAGUUGACAACAGGAUACCGAUCGAUCCUCAGAAACCGCGAGGAGAUGUCUUUAUUCCACGCCAGCCUGGAGUGAGCAAUAAUCUCUUUGAAACAUUUGAAAUUGAAAGAGGGAUUAGUGCCGAUGACGAUGAAGCGAACGAUGAUCCAGGUGUUCUGGUUCACAGCUGUAACUUUGAUGGUGGCCUGUGUGGGUGGAUGAAGGAGAAAGACGAUGAUUUGCACUGGGAACCUGUGAAAGAUGCCUCAGGAGGACAGUAUUUAUCUGUCUCUGAACCCAAAGGAAAAUCGGGACACGUUGCACGCUUGGUCCUUCCUCUUGGCCAUUUAGGUCACUUUGGGGAUCUGUGUCUGUCCUUCAGGCAUAAAGUGUCUGGGAUCCAUUCUGGUUUACUUCAAGUCUUUGUGAGAAAGGCAGGGGCUCACGGACCAGCGGUUUGGGGAAGGAAUGGUGGUCAUGGCUGGAGGCAAACACAAAUAAGUCUGCAAGGAUCUGGCAUCAAGAGUGUUAUUUUCAAAGGCGAGAAAGGAAAAGGAAGAACUGGGGAAAUUGGAUUGGAUGAUGUGAGCUUGAGGAAAGGCCUGUGUUCUCAAGACCAUUAGUGGUAAUAGACAAACUGGUAAAGAGAACGUACUUACCGGUACAUUGUCCAUGGUUUUUAGCCAAGAGAGAUGGUGGACUGGCAAUUGGUUCUCCCUUGCCUUUAUGAAAUCCCAGUGAACCUACAUCUAAAGAAAAUGAACUUUCCAUAAAGGACAAAGUAAGCUCAAGCCAAUGUUGGGGAUUUUCAUUAACAGUUAUCCAGCUCACGUUUGCAUAUGUGAUAAAAGCCUCCUAAAUUCUGAAUUAAGGCUAUGAAUAUCCUCUAUGAAGAAGAACCAACUGUUGCUAGGAUUCAUCAAAAUGAAACUUCAGUACAUACAGCAAUUGCAUUAAUAGACUUCUGGGUGUUUCUCCAUUUUGCUGUUUAUACUCUACCAUGGGACUGGUUCAGCUGUAUAAAUCGAAAAUAACUCAGGAAUAGACCUGAGCUGUUCUUCUACUGCCAUCAACUUUUAAAGGAGAGAGAGUGUGUGUAUGUAUAUAUAUAUAUAUAAUAGCAUUUAUUCUUUAGUUGUAUCUUAAUAACAAGAGACAGAUAUUAUAGAGUAGGCACUGCAUCCCUUAAUAUUCGUAGUGCUGUGUUAUGUAUAAAUGUGUAUGGAUAUUAAUGUAUUUAUAUGUGUUGUGUAUUUGCAGGAUCUAUUUGUAAGACUAAGUGGCAGCUGUGCACAUUCAAGUUAGAUUAGAACACAGAAACCCACAAUGAUAGUCAUGCAGUAAGUAUUUUACGACACAGGUUGCCAUGUGCGGACAAUUUUAUAGGGUGGCAAUGAAAUUCACCUAUAAGUAAAUGUAAUGAUGAGUUGGGUGCUAGAAUCAUUGCAACAGUAUUGAGUUACUCAAAUCAAUGGUCUCAUGUCAGAAGGAAAGACACUCAUAACUGGUAGCAACAGUGUUGAAAGGUGCUCUUGUGAAUUUAAUAGUCAUGUGGCCAGGGAACAUUUGGCCAGGUUCUGUAAUGUCAUUUCUCAGCAGCUAUUAAAAGCCAAAAGAGCUCUCUUUGGGUCAGGAAUUGGCCAUCUAGAGCAAAAGUCUAUAGCAGCCGGCAGACUGGUUUCCAGCUAUUGACUGGUCUACCAUACUUUGCCCAGGGCAGCUUAAAAGGAAAAUAAAAAUGCAAUAGUAAACACAAUAGAAUGAUAAUAAAACAAACCUCCAGCCAAAUAGAGAUUCAAAUGGUUUAAAAGAGUUAAAGAUUGCAAAGAUGAAGAAACCUGGGGAGGGGUUUUCAUAUGGCAUCACAAUAACGAUAGCAGCAUGAGCAAGCGAGAUUUCCCCCAGAGGACAUUCCACAGGCAGGUCACCACCACCAAAAAGUCUCCCUCCCUCCCUGCCACUCACUUCACUCCAGAUCACAGGGGCACUUAGAGAAGAGCUGCAGAUCUAAGUCUUGGUGUAUGGGCAGAUGGAUUAUGGGUGCAGACAGUGCAACAGGUGCAAGAUGCAGAGAACAAGUUUGAUGUCCCUGCCCUUAAAGUCUUUACUCUUAAGGGCCUGUAUGCCCUUAGUACGCAAGGAUUUGUGCAUUUAAAGAAUGCUUAGGUAGCUCGGUCAUUGGUACAGCUAAGUACCAUCCUAGCAGCGAACGAUGCCAUGAAUGAAGCACACUGCCAUUAGCAGUAUACACAGAUACCAGGAUCUUUUCAAUUUACUCCAAGGUUAAUCCGAGCCCCCUGGAGUCACUAUGCAGCUUUUUGGACACACCAAAUGAGCCAUUUAUAGAAUUAAUAAUGUCAUUAGAUUUGGGCCAGAAUAAUGUUUAUCUAGGCAGUUGAUUUUAUUUUUUAUAUUGGUUAAAGUUGCAAUUUUAAAGGUGUGCACAAGGGAGUUUUAAACUGCUGCUACUUGCACAGCUGAAGAGGCAAGCUGUUUUUUAAAGUUUUGAAUGCAGCUUGAUUGUUCUGCCAGGCAACCUGUUGCAGCAUUCCUGCUGUGAGCAAGACCCCUGUCCCUCACCUGCACAUAUAACUUGGUAAGGUUUCCGUCUAAGUAAGUUUUGGAAUCAUUAAAUGCACACUGUUCAGUUUUCUCUGGUUGGGUUGGUGUGUGAAAUGGGGUUUUAACCACAACCAAUAUUUUCAGAGUUUUCUUUCCUCAGACCAAAUGCCAUCCUUUUGUUUUAUAUUUUUUAAAAAAGAAGAAGGUACAGCUGUGUCUGAAUCUUGUACUAUUAUAGAGAAACUAUAUUGAAAUGUAAAAUGCAGAUUAAGGGUAAUGGGCAGAAUCUUGCAAAUUCGUCAUGUCAAAUAUCAGAGGAAAGGCAUGGAAUGUGGCUGUUUUAUUGGUGCAUUCAUGCAAUCUAUUUAAGCUCCACUGGUUUCAAUGGGACUUACUUGGCCAUGAUUAAUGUUUGCUGAAUUUAGCCCAGUAUUAUACACAACUGUUUUUUGUUUCUAUUUAAGCCAGUAACAUGCAAGGUGAUACUAACUUAACUCUUGCUGAAAGACAGAGUAUAUUCCAGUACAGCCUUUUAGUGGCACAUAGCUUGCCAUCUGCCCAGCGGCGGAGGAAGCCACUCAGAUACCUGGGGCAGCGGGGCGAGCUGCCCAUAGGGUCAGGGUGCAUUGCGGGGCCUCCGGAGUCUACGUGCCUCCUCCCACUCAGCCGCCCCACAGCUGGGGGGAGGCAGCGGAUGGACCAUUUGGGCAGAGCCCAGGAGAGACUUGUGGCUCAGGCAUGCUGCAGGCCCUGUAGUGAGUGCCGCCCGGCAUUUUGUCACUCCCCUCAGUGGUGACACCUGGGGUGGCCCACACCCAUCACACCCCCUUCCUCCGCCCCUGCAUCUGCCACAAUCUAUAAUUGCUUAAUCUGAAGUAUUGCACCCUGAGACUUUUGACUUUUCUCCCAUUGUACAGCGUCCUCUCACACUGCACUGCAAUCUUAUUUUGAAGCUAUCCCAAGUUCCAAAAGAUGUUUCGUUCCUCAGAGCCAGGGAGAGCCUGCUCAACCAGUAGAUAGAGCCAGGCAGUUGCCUCAGGCAGCAGAUGCUGGGGGGCUCAGGGUGGUGAGCAGCAGUGAGGUGUUAGAAGAGAAGUUAGAGAUUCGAACAAAAGAUCAGGAAGAUCUUUAGGACAGUGUAAGCUGUUCGAAAGUUGAACAGUCUCCCUCAGGAACUGGGGGACUCUCCAUCCUCAGAGGUUUUUAAGCAGAGGUUGGAUGGCCGUCUGUCAUGGAUGCUUUAGCUGAGAUUCCUGCACUGCAGGCUGUUGGACUAGAAGACCCUUGGGGUCCUUCCGAAUUCUACAAUUCUGUGAUUAGCACAUGGCCUGCCAUGCACUCCUAAACUAGCCCACUGCUCUCAGGUGCAGUGAAAGACACUGUCCCAACCAUCAGCAUUGGAGCAAAAUUCAGUUGCCGAGCUGGUUAGCUUCUGUAUCUGGAAUGCGGCCAUAAUUUUGUUAUUUGCCUGUGUCUUGGACCAGUCAAAGAGGCUUUUUUCCUGCUCCCGAGGGGGGGCGGGAGAGGAUGAAAUUCAAACGCUUAUCAAGUGUUUUUUCUAGAUUGUGGCCAAAUGUUUCCAUAUUGUUUAUGGAUUUUAGUGAAUACUGGCAGUAUUAAAGUGUGUAUUUAUCAUGGGCCUGAAUCAUGUUGUAUGAUAGGAGAGCAAGUGUUCACAAAACUUUUUUUUGUAAUCCUAAAAAAGUGUAUGCUCUUAACAUCUUUACUUGGUUCAAAUUAGAUUUUUGUGUGUGUUUGUGUGUGUACAGUUUUUCAUGAUAAUAUCUUACAGGGCCUGGAGCUCCAAUGCAACCACCAAAAAGCGCAUCCCAAUUCAGUUUAAUGGAAGAACUCUGCACUUACAGAGGCGCCCUAUCCAUUGAAGUGAAUGGGAUGCCUGCUCACAUAGGAGACUUUCUGCAUGUCAGAGUAGGCAGGGCAUUCAACAUUGAGGACUUGGUAUUUUAACCUUGAUACAGCUCACCCAACAUAUUGUGCUUUGCUUUUCGCAAUGAGCAAAAGCCCCUGAGUGUCUCCCAUAAAGAGAAAAGUCCCUCACAAAGACAUGGCUUGUUGCUUCCAAUGGCUACAAAUUGGCAUCACUUUAUCCAGCUUAAGAGGAUUUCAGUAAGUGUGGUUUUUAAAAUCGCCAAUCACGAAAGUAGAUGCAUACAUUGCUUUCGCAUCUGCUUACCGUGUUGCUGGUGCAAUAACUACAGGGGGGAAGUCUUAUAUCUCUUUUUGUGGUGACAUGCAUGGGCACCAGAUGUCAUGAAAGCUCAUGUACUCAUGGCUGGAGGAGGGAGUGACUUCCCCUUACAAUGUUAAAGCCAAGUUGCAUGCACAUCUUCAGUGGAACAUAGGAAGCCGUCUAAUACUGAGGCAAACCAUUAGUUCAUGUAGUCUGCAGUACAGCAUCUCAAGACAGCCUCUGAUAACUUGUCAAAAGUUCUUCUAUCUCAAAAUACAUUUCCCCAUAAUUUUCACUGGCAGCUUUAUUGAUCUUACCUUUCCCCAACUAUUCGGCUUAGUCUGAUCUAACAAACAUAAAUGUUGAUUUUUCUGUGUGUGUGCUAUUCCCUUCUUUCUUUUUGGCUGAUCUUCCUGUUUCUAUGCUACAUAUAGAACAACUCUAGUUACGUUCCGCAGGGCGUUUUAUGGAGAUACGGUUCUUAUAAACAAGCGCAAAAAAAUCUAUACUGCAGAACUCACUAUCGUGACAAGCAAUACACACAGUAUUUUACACACUAUGAUUUUGGUCCAGCUGUAUAUAUGGGGAAAGAAGGUAUUGCACAAGAGCAGAUAAGGGGUGAAUUAUCAUUGCAUUACAGUAAAGAUGUCAAUGUGUGUCCAAACAAUAAAAUGAUCUGGAUCAAGACAUCUGCAUUUGAUAUACCCAUGUAGCAAGCUUUCUGUACACACAGAUCUCUCUUGCUCAACUUGGGCAUUAAAAUGUACCUAAAGUCCAAUAUCAUUCAUAUAUAAAUAACUUUCCUCCAUUCAGUGACUUCUUUGCUCUCUGACAACAGUUCUUUUAUUUUUUUAAAAAAGAUUUUUUUGGUGCCAACAAACCUGUAUUGCACAAAGUUCAAGUGGAACACAUUUUAUCAAAUGUACUGUAGGACAUCUUAAUAAUUUAAUAUGGUUUUAAAGAAAUGAAUAAUUUUCCAAAACAGACUCAAAAUAAAGACAUCUUUGUAAAUUCA